UAGUCCCACCUGCCGCAACUUUCCAAGCGAAUCUGUGUUCAGAGACGUUUGUGGAAGGACCCGAGAUCCUGCGCUAAUUGGAGAGCACAUGCGAAGUACGCGCUCUGCGAGGCUGGCCUGAGGUGGGUUCAGCUGCGAGUUAAAGGUCUGCCCAAGGUAGGGGAAUGACACAGUUUUACCAUUUGAACUUGAAUAUGGCAGAAGAGGACUAUAUGUCUGAUUCCUUCAUCAAUGUUCAAGAAGAUAUCAGACCAGGAGUGCCAAUGCUUAGGCAAGUCCGAGAGGCCCGUCGAAAAGAGGAAAAGCUACAGGAAGCUAAUUUGAAAAAUAGGCAGAAGAGUUUAAAAGAAGAAGAACGAGAAAGGCGCGACAUUGGGUUGAAGAAUGCCCUAGGCUGUGAAAACAAAGGGUUUGCUUUGCUCCAGAAGAUGGGCUAUAAGAGUGGUCAGGCUCUUGGCAAGAGUGGAGAUGGUAUUGUUGAACCAAUUCCUCUCAAUGUCAAAACAGGGAAAAGUGGCAUAGGCCACGAAUCAUUAUUAAAACGAAAGGCAGAAGAAAAAUUAGAAAACUACAGAAGGAAAGUUCACACGAGGAACCAAGAUGAAGAGAAAGCUGCAGAGCAGUUUCGGAUGCGGCUUAAAAACAAGCAAGAUGAAAUGAAGCUGGAAGGAGACCUCAGAAGAAGCCAGCGUGCUUGUCAGCAGCUGGACACCCAGAAGAGUAUUCAAGUUCCCAGGGAGGCAUGGUACUGGUUAAGGCCUGAAGAGGAGACUGAAAAGGAGGAAGAGGAAGACAAAGAACAGGGUGAAGAUGAAUAUACGAGUGAAGAUUUAAGUGUGCUGGAAAAAUUGCAAAUACUGACUAGUUACUUAAGAGAAGAACAUCUGUAUUGUAUUUGGUGUGGAACAGCCUAUGAAGAUAAAGAAGACCUGUCGUUGAAUUGCCCAGGACCAACCUCUGCAGAUCAUGAUUGAGAUUAUUCCCAAUAAAGUAAAAAUUAUUUCUGCCAGUGAGGAAAAGCCUUUAUAUAAUGCUUUAUUAUUAUUAUUUUUUUGUACUUCAGAAAUAUGUUCAGCUUUGGAAUGGAAUUAUUCACUGACUUGAAAAAAGUUACCGUUACUUCAAAACACAGGAUUCGUAGACUUGAACAGUUACAGUUUAUGGCCGUAUUGUGAUCCUGUGGGGUUUAAGGACACCAAUAGGUAGCUCUCUUGUUCCCCUCUUCUCUAUGGAACAAAUUCAAAAAUCAGACAUGGGAAUCAGAAAUAAAUCAUAUGUCUGCUUUAGGGCUGGGGCUGUAAGUGGUAGAGUGCUUACCUAGCCUGUGCAAGGCCUUGACUGAGUUCAGGCACCGGCAUCACAAAAUUUAGGUUAUCAUCAGCGAGGCUGAAAUACAGAACAAGAUCGACUUGCCAUAAUCAGACUCUAAUAUUUCUUCCUGAAUGGAAAAAAAUUGCAAAACCAACUUUGUGUUCUGGGACUGAUGUUUUGAAGAAAUAGUCUUAUUUUGGUUUAUUUUGCAGAGUAAGUAGCAAACACAGCUAAUCAAAACUACUAGGAAUUUCCAGACAUUGGCUCUCCAGGGUGGAGAGCCCACCACAGGUUGAACUACAUAUGCUGUCUUUUACCUCAAUAUCACCUGUCAGAUAAAGCUCUUCUUUGUUGGAAAGAAUGGGGGUUCAGAGAAUUCUAUAAAAUUCUGUUAAGCUGAAACAAAAUUUCAGUCAAAGCCUUUUUUGUCAUUUCAGUGAUCAUAUUAAUAUUCAGUGAAUCCUAAAGCCCUGUGGAUAGUUUCCAUGGAGGUAAACAAAAACUGCCUUCCCUUUCUUCUCCUAACAAACUAUAGUGUCAACUCACCACCUGCCUAGUGACCUAAAAUGUUUUGAAUAUGUCGUGAACAAUGAUACUAAGAAUGAGAAUAAACCUGGAACUCCGAGA